AUGAGGUCUUGGUUAGAGUCACAGACAUCAUUCAGAGUGCCAGGUGUUAGUCGUGGUAAUCACAUUUCUCAUGUAUCUUCUGACCGCGUCUGGAUCAGUGAUAAUAAAAAUCUCGUCCUGACAAAUACAGCAGGCAAUGAAAUAGAUCGUGUUACAGAUAUAACUAAAUAUGGUGAUGGAGUACACACUGUGACAAGUGACGGCGAUUUAAUUUAUAUAGACAGGAAGGGUAACAUCACCAAACUGUCUAAAGAUGACACAGUAAAGUCACUAUUAAUACCGAACAACACAGCGCCAUGGAGACGACUAUGUGUCUACAGCUUCCCCUUUACUGGAGACCUGUUGGUCGGGAUGUGUAAUGAUAAUCCAGUGACAGGCCAUAUAAACCGUUACACUAACACAGGACGACACAUACAGACCAUACAGCACAACAACAAAGGCCAGGAACUUUACAGAUAUCCUAGAUACAUCACAGAGAACCACAAUGGAGAUGUUGUUGUGUCUGAUAUGGAUGGUGAUCAUGGUUCUGUAGUGGUGACAGACAGUGAAGGAAGAUACCGCUUCUCCUACACAGGUCCUCCAUCAGGCUCAGGACUACGGCCAUAUGGAAUCUGUACUGACGCGCUGUCACACAUCCUGUUGUAUGAUUAUAACACUGACACAGUACAGAUCCUGGAUAGGGACGGCCGCUUCCUUUCACAGACAGGCACACUACAACGCGCCAUAGAAACAGUAAAUGGCCUGAGAAAAUGGCCAUUUAGCCUGAGUUAUGAUUAUAGCACUCAUUUACUCUGGGUCGGAUCAAAGAAAAACAACAAAGUGAACAUCUAUAGUCUUAUUUAUAAAGUUUCUAUGACCGAUCUUCCUCUGGAUAACUUAGAGUGUGAGAAGCACCCUAGUGGUACACUGUCCCAGUUCUGUAUCCUGUGUGAGGCUGCCUUGUGUGAGAUCUGUAUAAUGACCUCUACUGAUCAUAAAAAACAUGACGUUAGAGAUGUUGAGAAAUUGUUUCGUGAAAUUCACAAGAGAAAAG